GAAUGUUGUUAUUGAUUAUUACAUUUUACAUUGGUAUGGAAUUGUUCAAAUAAUUGGUAUUUAUUCUUGUUUAUGCUUCUCUUUAAUUUUUAUCUUUAAAUUUUAAAUUUUAUUUUUCACAUGUUUCUGUCGUAUGUCAAAAUUUUAAUUUAUUUAAGUAUACCAAAAAGAUAUGGUCUUCUUCAUUUUCGGAAGAUGAUUGCAUAGUUGCAGAUCCAUAACAUUGGAUUCAAAAUAAUGGCUAGCAUCAGCAUUGUAAAUCUAAAUAGUACAUGAAUAAAAUGUGUUUCGAUUAAUUAAUUAAUUUAGGAGUUGACAUAUGUCUUGUUUAUUUAUUUAUUUAUUACACUAGGAAAAUUGUGUGUUUCCUACUACAUAUUUACAAUAAAAGCCAAUGUCUCAAGUAAUAUGUGAGUACUUAACCAUUUUGCAAUUUUUAAAUGCAUCAUUAAAAAUCUUGCAAUUAAUGUGAAGAACCUUGCUCAUCCAUUUUUUUUGUCUUUAGUGUACUUUCAUCAGGUCCAGGUCACUGUUUAAAUUUUUCGUUUGUCUCUUAAACCUAAAAAGUCGAAGAAAUUCAAAUGCAUUACGACAGACCUAUAAAUGUUUUAAAAGCAAACGUAGGUGUAUUAUUAGACUUUACCUAUUUUGUACGCAUUUCUGCACUUCGUAUUUAUACAUUGUACAUAGUACAUACAUAUGAACUGAGUAGCUCCAUUAUUUUGUAGCUUGUUUUUCGUGUUUACUUAUUUUGGUAUUAACAAAAUAUUUAUUCACUGGAUUUCUUAGGGAUCAACGUGGAAAAGGAAGCUGAUAGGUUAAACUCAUUUUUUUUAAGUUUAAAGGGGAAAAAUGAUUUUAUCUCCGAAAUAAGAUCUGAUAUCUACUGACUAAAAGUCCUCUAUCUGUAGCUGUUACGAGGACCUUAAUAGGUCAAUCGUGAGUGGGUGAAGUUUAAAAAAAAAACGAUUAGUUUUAUUAACGCAAGGUCUAAAAAUUUUCACGGAAUGUCCAUAAGCUUAUAAAGAAUUUUUACAUUUAUUAUCAUGUGCUCUUAGCAAGAACAUGCAAAUGAAUUCUUAGUAGUUAACUGGCAAUCAAUUUUAAGCAAUACUGUUUAGUUACUCAUUCGAUAUAUACCAGUUUCUAUUAAUGAAGAACUUCAAUGCCCUUUAUUUUAAGAAAGAAAAGUGGAAUUGCUUUGAACUUCUUACCAACCCCAAUGGUUAUUGUUCUAUUUGCUAUGAAACUAAAUAUAUUAGUAACCAAUAAGUUCGAAUUAUAAAAAACCAAACUAACCAAAACCUUAAGGUAACUAACCGGUCGGAGUAUUAUUUAUUUGCUAAUAUAUUAAAACAUUAAUUACGGGUUUAUUAAUGCUUAUCUUUGUAGCAUAUAUUUCAUUAUUAAAAAAUCAGCUAGAUUGCGCACUUGCGAGGUUGUUUAAAAUUACUGCGGAGAAAUUAUAUGCAACUUUGAAGAGCUUUGCCUCAUCCAUACUUGAGAUAUUAAUUAUUUUAGUAUUUGAAUUUUAUGAAUUCUUAACUAUAGAUAUUUAAUGGAGUAAAUCAUAAAAACUAAUAGUUCUCACUUUUCGUCAAACUUGCAAAUUUAAAAAUAUACCAUUGAAUUGCGAUAAAAAUUCGUGGUUAUUAUUACCAAAGUUACUCUUUUACCUAAAAAUAAAGACGUAAAAUCCAUGAAACCCACUUGGUUAAAAUUUCACAACCUCAUGAAAUAAUGAUUACCCUAUCAAAUUUAGGGAGUCAUAUGUUUAUGAGAUACAUUUUCAUUUUGAGAAGAUUAUUCCUGUACCGUCUGUAUUGUUUAUGAAUCUGGUUAAGUCUUAUAAAGUUUGCAGUGAUUUUCCAUGUAAGCUCGUUAUCUAAAAGUGACUGAGUAAUAUGAGUCGCUAAUACUAACAAUUUUAUUAUCUUAAAUUUAAUGAAAAAAAUUAUCUUAUAUGCCUAUGCGUUCAGAUUAUAAACUGAUUACAUAAUGGUUUAAUUAUUCGUCCGAUAUUUAUAAAUAUCCCCCGUUUUCGCUGAGACUUUUUACUAUUACGUGAAAUUUCGAUGUCAAACUUUUAUUUGCCUCUUAUUGAAUCGCUAUUUCAAGUCGAAUGUGGAUCGCUCUUGGUAUAUCACACUCGUUGAAUACGUUUUCCGUUUCCAAAAAUAAUUCCAUGGCUUAAAAAUAGACUUUUUCAGGUUCUUGUAAUUAAAAUAGGGAAAAUCGAAGGAAAGGGAAAUUUCAAACCAAAAUAUACAAAUGCAAUAAAUGGAAGACUACAGAGAUGCAGAGGCAAGAAAUAAUAACAAAACUCCACACCCGUACAAGGAAGCAAGCUUCUUAUCCAAAGUAUUUUUUGUAUGGUUGCUGCCGUUAUUUAAGAAAGGUUACAGUACAGAUCUGACGGAGAAAGACCUAUCCCCAAUUUUAAAAUCUCAUAACUCAACAUUCCUGGGUAAGAAACUGAAAGUGGAAUGGGCAAAAGAAGUAAGGAAGGCCACUCCUUCUCUGUGGAGGGCACUUGCGAAAGUGUUCUGGAAGGAAGCUGUCGUUCUUGGUGUUUGGUAUUUGCUAGUGGAAACUUGCAUCAAAUUGUCACAACCGCUAGCCCUCAAAAAACUAUUGGAAUACUUCGAAGCGAACUCAGCUAUGUCAAAAAAUGAAGCCUAUAUAUACGCCUCGUUGGUUAUAUUGACAACUUUGGUACCGCCGGUGUUCCAACAUAAUUUUAUGUUCCGACAGUUCCUCCUGGGUAGAAAAGUGAAAGUGGCAACGUCAGCCCUCGUUUAUGAGAAAGCCCUUAAACUGAGCAAAUCAGCUUUUGCUGACACCACGGUGGGUCAGAUGGUGAAUUUAAUAUCAAAUGACGUAGGCCGAUUUGAGCAGGCCACAAGAUUCCUGCAAGACCUGUGGGUGCUACCCAUCGAACUAACGGUGGUACUAUGCUUGCUAUACUUUAACGUCGGGGUUACUGGUAUGGUGGGCCUAAUUUUUGUUGUUGGUUAUAUACCGUUUCAGAUGUGGCUUGGAAGGAAAACGUCCAUUUACAGACUUAGAACCGCUUUAAAGACUGACGAGAGGAUUCGACUUAUGAACGAAAUCGUUACAGGUAUACAAGUGAUCAAGAUGUAUACGUGGGAAAAACCAUUUGCGAAAUUGGUGGAAAUUAGCAGACGCAAAGAAAUUCAGCAAAUAAAAAAAACGUCCAUUAUCAGAGGAAUAAACAUGUCAUUUACGCUGUUCUUGACAAGAACGUCCAUAUAUAUUUGCAUAUUAACCUACUACUUAACUGGAAACGCUCUCACAGCGCAAUAUGUUUACGUCAUCACCUCCUUCUACCACAUUCUGCAAAAGACUUUAACAAUAGGUUUCCCACAGGGCGCCAUGCAGAUGGCAGAAUCGUGCAUAUCAGUUAAACGGAUAAAGCAGUUCUUGCUAUUUCAAGAAGUAGAAUCACUAAACGUUCAGAAAUUAGCAACAAAUGAUUUCCAAAAGGAAAAGUUCUCAGCUAAUGGAGUCAUACCGCAGAAAUCAGUCGGCAUCCAUUUAAAAAAUGUAGCCAUUAAAUGGGUAUCUUCAAGUAAUGAAUACAAUCUAGAACACGUGAAUUUGGUCGUUAAUUCUCACGAGUUAGGAGUUGUAAUUGGCCCUGUGGGUAGUGGAAAAACAACUCUACUACAUGCAAUCCUACGAGAAUUACCUGCUAGUUCUGGGACAGUGGAAAUCCAUGGAAAAGUUUCUUACGCUUCGCAAGAGCCCUGGUUGUUUGUUGGUAGUGUUCGUCAAAAUAUUACCUUCGGUGAUGAGUUCGACGCCAAAAGAUAUCAGGAAGUCGUAAGAGUAUGCGCGUUAGAAAGAGACUUUAGGUUGUUUCCUUAUGGCGAUCGUACUCUCGUUGGAGAACGUGGUGUGUCUUUGAGUGGCGGACAAAGAGCUCGAAUUAACUUGGCUCGAGCAGUCUAUAAGAAGGCCGAUAUCUAUCUGCUCGACGACCCGUUAUCGGCUGUAGAUACCCACGUAGGGAAACACAUAUUCGAGGAAUGCAUUACCGGGUACCUUAAGGAUAAAUGUGUCGUCCUGGUUACACAUCAGUUGCAAUAUUUAAAAGAUGUAAACAAAAUCUACCUGCUUGGGGGUGGUACAGUAGAAAAAUCUGGCUCCUAUCAACAGAUUCAAGAGUCGACUGAAGGAUUUGCCAAGCUUCUGAACGAACUCAACAAGGAUGAGGAAUCAGAAGGUUCUGAAACUGAAAAUCAAGAGAUACUAGAUAACAAUGACAGCAAACCGAGGAGGCGAUCAACGAAAAAACGCUCGAUUUCAAAAACUACCAAGGAUCCCAUAAUUGCUAAGGAAAGCAAAGGCGAGGGAAAGAUAUCCGUUAAGGUUUAUCAGUCGUAUUUCUACGCCGGAGGGAACACUUUCAGAAUAUUUUUGUUUUUUGCUCUAUUUAUAAUAGCUCAGAUUUUCUGCAGUUUCACGGAUUACUAUUUAUCCUACUGGGUCAAUAUGGAGCAGAUGAAAAGGGAAAAUGGCGUAGCAAUAAUGAAGACGGAAAAUUCGUUGAAUGAAACCGCCAUAGACAAUAUAGUUCCUUAUGAUGAUCUCAUUUUUGUUAAUGAUACAUUUACACGUCCGGUUCGCUCCAACACUGCCUUACAGACAUUCUGGAUGACUUAUAUGUCCGAAGACGUUAUUUUAACGACAUAUUCCUGUUUGAUAGCAUUUAUGAUAGUGGCUACUCUUACGAGGUCCUUAUUUUUUUACAAUUUUUGCAUGAGAGCGUCCACGCAGCUGCAUAAAAAUAUGUUUGAUAAAAUCGUUUACGCAACAAUGAGGUUCUUUAAUACUAACCCUUCCGGGAGAAUUUUGAACCGCUUUGCAAUGGAUAUGAAUCAAGUAGAUGAGCUCUUGCCGUUGAGUAUGUUGGAUGCACUGCAGAAUGCACAUCUGGUUGUCGCAAUAACGGCAGUGGUGGCGUCUGUUAAUCCCUGGAUGUUGUUACCGACUGUGAUAAUAUUAUCAAUAUUCUAUUUUCUUAGAGUGGUGUAUCUCGCGACUAGUAGAGAUAUCAAACGCUUGGAGGGAAUCACGAGAAGCCCGGUUUAUUCUCACCUUACGGCCACACUACAAGGAGUGACAACAAUUAGGGCCUUCGGUGCUGAAGAGAUUCUUACGAAGGAAUUCGAUAACUAUCAAAAUGAAAACAGCUCGGCGUAUUUUACCUUUACCGCACUCGGAAGGUCUUUUGGCAUGACUUUGGAUAUGCAUUGUGUUGUAUUCGUAGCCUUAGUCACCCUGAGCUUCUUGUUUUUUGACGCUAAAACGUUGGGCGGAAACGUCGGUCUUGCCAUUACGCAGUCAAUAACCUUGACUGGCAUGUUUCAAUGGGGUAUGAGACAAUGGAGCGAACUGGAAAAUACAAUGACAUGCGUGGAACGAAUAAAAGAAUAUGCUGACAUAGAACCAGAGAAGGAUGUCGAAACAAAAGAACCUCCUAAAAAUUGGCCCGAAGAAGGCAACGUAACGUUCGAAAAUUUGUCCCUGCGAUAUGCAGCAGAUGAACCGAAUGUAUUGAAAAAUUUAUCUUUGAAUAUUCGGUGUAGGGAAAAAGUUGGAAUUGUGGGAAGAACGGGUGCAGGAAAGUCUUCUAUUAUCGCUGCUUUAUUUAGAUUGGCCGAGAACGAAGGAACAAUUGUUAUCGAUAAUGUGGAUACAAAAUAUGUACCAUUGCAUAGGCUUAGGUCCAGUAUUUCUAUUAUCCCGCAGGAACCUGUACUGUUUUCCGGAACCAUGAGGAAAAAUUUAGACCCCUUUGACGAAUAUAGCGAUGAGAUAUUGUGGAAUGCAUUAGACGAAGUGGAACUUAAAUCGGUCGUAUCAGACUUGCCGCAAGGUUUAGAGAGCAGGAUGUCUGAAGGAGGAUCGAAUUUUAGCGUCGGGCAGAGGCAACUAGUUUGUCUUGCUCGAGCCAUAGCUCGCAACAACAGAAUUCUUGUACUGGACGAGGCUACCGCCAAUGUUGACCCGCAUACGGAUUCCUUAAUUCAAUCAACCAUUCGGAGAAAAUUCCACAACUGUACAGUAUUAACCGUAGCCCAUCGACUCCAUACCAUCAUGGAUUCAGAUAAGGUCUUGGUAAUGGACGCUGGACGCGUAACUGAAUUUGGUCGACCUUAUGAACUGCUUCAAAAUGGUGGGAUAUUUUACGAAAUGGUACAGCAGACCGGCAGAGCUAUGGCUGAAAACUUGACUGAAAUCGCUAGGCAACAGCUAACAAAAAUAGAAGCGCAAAAAGUCAGAAAUUGACGUGGGUACUUAUACAAAGUACUUAUAUAAAUAAAAUAUGAAUGUAAAUAAAUAAAUUAUUUUGAG